AACGAGAGAAGACGCUUGUUUCAGCUGCCGUAUAUCGUGCUCGUGUCGGGUGUUAAAAUACGUUUCACAAAAACAGUGUAGAAUGGACGGUUCCCUCUCGUCGUCGUAGGGGCAGAAACGAAGGCAACAAAAAAUCGACCGUCUGUUAUUAUUGUGAUGUGCAUGGUUGUUGAUGCCGCGUUCGCCAGAUAGAAGGCGAGGAAUAAAAGCAUUAUAAAAUUAGUCAGAAGAAAAGGAAGAGUGGAGAAAUAAAGUCGAGCCGUCAGGGCGGUCCGCAAGACAGCUCAGUGUUGUGCACUGAAGGGAAGAAAAUAGCUGUAUAAAACAAUCUUGUGUGCUAAUGUGUUUUCCAUCGGCUUAGCUUUGCACUACGGGAAGAGUGUAUUUUUGUUGAUGGUAGUGUGUGCUUAUUUAUAAACGGAUAUCACCACUGAGGGGAGCCCCUACGUGGAGCCCAUACCAAGAGAAGAUUCGACCGUUUGAGUGGAAGAAAAAACGUGAAGCAGUGAAGAAUUCGAACAACGGCCACCAGUUUAGCAUGUUGAAGGUUUCUCCGGCGGAAUUGAACACCCGCGUUUGCUGCAUAGAAGAGCAGAUCGAGUGAAUUGGGAUCGUGUGCUUCUCGGAAAGAAUUGAGCAAAGCAAAGCAAGUGACCGACUCACGAUAUUUGUAUCCACCAGUGAAUGUGUGCACAACACACGAAAUGAGUGAAUAAAACAGAUAGUUUUGUAUAUUUUAUGCUCUGAUCGGAUUUAGAACAGCACAUCCGCGACGGGAGUGGUGUGAAUUCCGGUUUAGAAGAGUCCGUUGGGAAAGUGAAAAUGUCAAUUAAUGUCUUCGUCGUCCAAGUGAAUGAAAAAUUUUGUUUCAAAUAGAGAACUUUGCUAUUGAAGUUUCAAUUGACGGGCGCGACCGCACAGUAAAUAUUCAUCAACCUGGCUUCAGUACAGGGCAGCGGUGCAAUUUUCAUUCUACUUGGCUGUGGAAUCGUGCUUCUGGGUUGCUGUACUUUAGUGACUGCAGGACGUAACAACUUUCUUCGUCACGAUGAUGCGUUACCGAAAGGAUGCACCUGGACCGGUGCGGUAUUGGAAGUUUCGCAGGAGAAAAGAUCUGAUGAGCUGCAGUGCAAAAUCAAAACCAUAACCAAGACCGAGAGUCUGCUAGCUAAUAUAAGUAGUUAUCAAAUUGAUAGGAUAAAAUCGCUCAAAUUAGAGUGUAACGACAUAAUGUUCUUCGAAAGUUCCUUAGAAUCGACUACUACGCCUGGAAAUUUUCUAGGCAACUUAAACAGUCUGCUGAAAUUGUCGAUAGAGUACUGUAAAAUUAAGUACAUCCCAGCGACAGCGUUUUCGAAUAUGAAAACACUGAAAAGUUUAUCACUGAGCACACACAAUAUUGACUGGUCUGUUAUGAACCUAGAGCUACAUCCGGAUAGCUUCCGAGGAUUAACCGAGCUUAAGGAGAUGCACCUUGCGGAUAACAACAUCUGGAGUCUACCAAAUGAGGUAUUCUGUCCUCUUUACACCUUGCGGGUGUUAAACCUUACCGGAAACAGACUGAGUGAUAUUUCUCAGCUGUCACUGUCAGAUUGGGGCAAAGGUCCAAUUGCACCUGGCAAAGCUUGCAACACAGGACUAGAGGUGCUAGAUCUGUCAGGAAACGACAUUACGCUCAUGCCCGACAACGGUCUCUCAGCAUUGAGGUCACUUAAUGCACUUUACUUGCAAGAGAAUCUUCUAAAAGAAAUCGCUGACCGAGCUUUUGUGGGUCUUGGAACACUUGAAAUCCUUAACCUCUCCAACAAUAAGCUAACCGCAUUAACGCCAGAAUUGUUUCAAUCAUCUCGCAAGAUUCGUCAAGUUAAUCUACAAAAUAAUUCGCUUUCGGUGUUGGCACCCGGAGUUUUCGAAGGACUAGACCGGCUCGAAAUGCUUGACCUGUCGCGCAAUCAGCUGACCUCGACUUGGGUCAAACGAGACACAUUCGCCGGUCAAGUGCGCCUGGUGGUAUUGAACCUCGGCUAUAACCACCUCACUAAAGUGGACCAGCAUGUGUUUAAAGGGCUGUACAGUUUGCAGAUUCUGAACUUGGAGCACAAUGCCAUAGAACUGAUUGCCGACGGGGCGUUCAGUGAUCUGAAAAAUUUACAUGCCCUAUUCCUCUCGCACAACCGUUUGCGACAGAUCGAACCGUACCAUUUCAGCGAGUUGUACGUUCUGAAUCAGCUGAUAUUAGAAUCGAACCAGAUUGCAUACAUUCACGAGCGUGCCUUCGAGAACUUAACCCAUCUACAUGAUUUAAGUCUAAACGAUAAUAGGCUGGAAGAGAUACCGUCCGGUAUGAAGAGUUUGAAGUUUCUGCAGUCGUUAGAUUUGGGUAAAAAUCAAAUAUCUGAAAUAAAUAACUCAUCCUUUGAAGGAUUGGAAGAGCUUAUCGGGCUACGGUUAGUUGAUAAUCAGAUAACAGAAAUUUCAAGGGACACUUUCUUUGCACUAUCAACAAUUCACGUGCUGAAUUUGGCAAGCAAUCGGAUACGACACGUAGACCAGUCGGCCUUCAGUUCGAAUCCAACGCUUAGAGCCAUCAGGUUGGAUAACAAUGAACUGGAGGAUGUAGCAGGAGUGUUCACCUCCCUCACGUCGCUUGUUUAUUUAAACAUCUCGGAUAACAACAUUGGUUGGUUUGACUAUUCGCACUAUCCGCAGUCGCUCGAGUGGUUGGACAUCCACAAGAACAAUAUAUCAGAGCUGGGCAAUCGGUACGACGUUGGUAAUUGGUUCCAGCUGAAAAUGUUGGAUGUUUCUCACAAUCGUAUAAAGUACAUCAAUUCAAGCUCGUUUCCGAAAAAUAUCGAAACCUUGCUGUUGAACAACAAUCUAAUCGAGGAAAUUGCCCCGGAGACAUUUACCAGCAAGGAGAGCAUUGUGAAGGUGGUUCUUUAUGGAAAUCACUUGCGUCGGCUGGAAAUGUCAUCACUGGCACUGACACUGGUCCCUGAUACGCGAACUAUGCCUGAGUUUUAUAUUGGAGAUAAUUUAAUCCACUGUGAUUGCAGCAUGGAAUGGUUACAGCGCAUCAACGAGCUGAGUUACCUUCGUCAAUAUCCACAGGUGAAGGAUCUUGAUUCGGUGAUGUGUACAAUGGAGCACGAGCGCGGUGAGUUAGUCAGGCCCCUGAUGGAAAUGAAGGCCAGUGAGUUUCUGUGUAAAUACGAGAGCCAUUGUUUCGCAACGUGCCACUGCUGCGAUUUUGAUGCGUGCGAUUGCAAAAUGACGUGUCCAGACCGGUGCAAUUGCUAUCACGACACAGCAUGGGAGUCCAAUAUCGUAGACUGCGGCAGUGUGGGAUUAAAUUCGAUUCCGGUAAAAAUCCCAAUGGAUGCUACGGACAUUUAUUUGGAUGGGAAUAAUUUCGGUCAGCUGGAGAGUCACGUUUUCAUCGGCAAGAAAAAGCUAAAGUCACUGUAUCUGAACAAUAGCCACAUCGAUGGCCUGAAUAAUAAAACGUUUGGCGGAAUUCCGGCACUCAGUGUGCUGCACCUGGAACACAAUGGGCUGGAAAGUAUCAGUGGAGCCGAAUUCGAGCAGCUGCGUGAAUUGAAGGAACUGUUCCUGGAUCACAAUUCCAUCAGUGCCAUCGGUAACAAAUCGUUCUAUUAUCAGAAAUCAUUGGAAGUGCUUACGAUAAGUGACAAUAAAAUCAGUGAAUUGAAGCCCUGGGAACUGAUGCCACUGGGCGGUAGGUUCCGGCUAAUCUCGCUAAGUGGUAAUAAACUGGCCUGUGCAUGUGAAUCGAUGGGUAAACUAGUGGACUGGGCCGAGCGACAGUUUAACGAAACGAACGGACUAAGUGAAUUUCAGUGUUCGAAUAAUAAAUUACUAAAGGACGCGAUUAAGGAGUGUGAGAGCCACAAAAGUGCUCCGAUUGCGACACCAACCGUGCAGCGGACGAUUAUCGAUAAUGAUUUUAUAGACUAUUUGCCACUGUUGAUUGCCGUGCUAGCCGGACUAGUGCUGACGAUUCUCCUGGUGACGCUGGUGUUCAUCUUCCGGAACGAUGUGUGUCUGUGGGCGCAUUCUCGGUACGGAGUAAGGAUCUGUAAGGAUCCGCUCAAUGCGAUGGAGCGAUGCGAGGAUAGUGAGAAGCUUUACGAUGGAUAUCUUGUUUAUAGUGCUGCCGAUGCUGAUAUGGUCACUAGUCAAAUUGCACAAGAAUUGGAGCAUAAUGGUUACGCACUUUGCCUGCACUAUCGGGAUAUACACUCGGCAGCCUUUCUGGCGGAUUCACUACAAGGCGCUGCCGACGCAUCCCGCAAGUUAAUUCUAUUUAUAAGUGUGAAAUUUAUGCAACUUGAAUGGUCUCAACCAGAGUUCCGAGCCGGAUUGCAAGCGGUGCUAGAGCUAAUCCGACCAUCCCGACGGAAACAGAAGCUUAUCCUCAUUACUUCGGUGCCCCAAUCGAUGCUCACGAUGGAUCCCAUAAUGGAUAUCCUCACGCGAACCUGCACCGUUAUCUCGUGGGACGAUCGUCGCUUCUGGGACAAGCUCCGUUUUGCCAUGCCGGACAUUGGCAAAAAUUCCCCUGUAAAUAAAGCCCCUCAUCGCAAAGCCAUUAACAUCCGGUAUACUCCGGCUCCAACAAAUCCUACCGCACCGACGGCCACCUGGCCAAAACGUCUGAACUCUGAAGUAUGCGUACAGUAUCCACCGCAGUCGGCUCAUUCCCCCAACCACAGUACUUACAACACCGAGGAUGAACUUUCGACUGCUUCCUCGCCACAGUACGAAGCCCCAACGCUUCACCACGCAGUUGGAGGAGGUCACGCGAUGGUUCCUUUCCACCAUCACCAUCAUCCUCAUGCCCCAUCGGCGCCAGCACAUCACAUUCCACUACAACAACAGCAGCAGACCAGCCAUUCGCCGCACCUGCAAACCUAUCCCCAUCAUCCGCAACUUCAACAUCAACAGCAGCACCAUCAAAUGAACCUCCAACAGGGCAGUGCCUCCUCCGGCAUGGGAGCUCCCGUGGGCUACUAUCGCACCAGUAAGUCCAACAACACCAACACCCUAGGCCACGUGUACUCCACCAUUCCGGAAUCGCAGUACAACACCCAUCACUCCAAUCGCAGCGAUAGCAAUCGACCGUACUUUGUGUAAUAUUUACUCUACUUUUAGCUCUUUUUUGAAAUCUACCACCCCCUUCUUCAUUCUACAUUACCCCCCUCAUUCUUACCCGUGUGUACCUACUUCAUACCCCAUUUCACCCCCGUACUCGCUUCGAUAGUCCUACUAUUCAAAAGCAAAAUAUUGUGUAUAAAAAUUGUUUACUAUAUACUCUCUGAACUACUCGUAGGCUAGGUCAAAACGAAAAAAAGACUUAUUUGAUUAGAAAUCUCCCUCUUCACGCUGAUGAACCAUAAUCAAAGUCCUCUACAACUCUUUUUCCUGUGCGAGUGGGCAAGCGAUUUUUUCCGCCGUUUUCUUCUCAAAACAUAAAUACUCAUCGUAGAAAGCAUCGUAGAGCUCGCGAAGCAUCCAAUCAUAAUCGGACUGUUUGUUGUGUUGAUUUGUUUUAAUUGAAAGUGACCGCCCUGUGCAGGAAGGCAAACAUUAUCUUGCGAUGGCCUCUCAGCGGCCCGGAAAAUCAAAAUAUACAACUUAACCGAUCAUGGGUGGAGACAGGGUUUUUGUUAGAAAGGGGGCGAGUGACCUAAAAAAUUCUUAUACAAAUUUACGCCAAAACCUUCAUUACUCCGCACCCUUUUUGCAUAAAAUGUUUACUAUGAAUGCCAUUCAACCUACUUUUUCUUUCACAUUUCCCAUAGUGUAGUGCAACACUUGACCUGGUUGUAUAUUUGUGCUGAAUAAUGGGUCCAUUUUACGAUUUCCAAUUCUUCAGAUUGGAAAAGUCUCAAGAUUCGAUCGGUGGAGAUCCCUUUUGACCGACAAUUACACUCUGGUCAGUAAGUAACGCGAAAUUUACAAUUGUUAUAUACUUUUCUAAUAAAUUCCCUAAGAUAUAUACCGUUUUGCCUCAUAUUCCGAACACUUAAGGUCAACCGUGACUUCAAAUGCAUCUGAUAGCCAUAAAUUUGAUGAUA